GAAUUGGAUGGAAGACGUAUAUUGAAGAGAUGGAGGAGUCCAAAAAUGACUAUAUGGUCUGUGCAAGGGAUCUCAAAAUCAUUUGGUCUAGAGACCGUCGUUACUGGCGAUGGGUCAAAGAGACAGAAAACAGUUACGUUGCUGAACUGUUAAAUGUAUGUUGGCUAAAAGUGAGUGGAAAAGUUGAGAACUCAAACCUGUCACCAGGAACUCAGUAUGAAGUUGUACUUGUGGCCAAGAUGAAAACUAGAGCUUAUGGAUGGGAUGCUCCAGUGAAUUUCAAAUUCACUCACCCAGGUGGUACAAAGGACUGGACCAUUAAUUUGGAGAAUAAGUUUAAGGAUAGUAAAGAUCAGUGGAAAGAUAUUAAGUUGGGUGAGUUUAUUGCAUCUGCAAAUCCAGGGGACAUCGAGUUUUGGCUGUAUAAAUAUGGUGGGAAAUGGAAGAGCGGACUUGUUAUCAAGGGUGUUGCCGUUCGACCAAAGAGCUAAGUUGCAGAAUAUUAUUGUAAUAACUAGUUGCCAAAAACUCACAUUUUGCUUUCAAUCUUAAUGCCAUCUACAGCUUCCCAUUUUAGGAUUUAAGGUUGAUUUCUUUCCCAGUGUUAAGCUUGUAAAUAACUAAAUAACUGAUUGUCUUUAAUUUCCUAUUUUCUUUCCCAUAAUCUUUGCAGCAGUGGUGGUUUCGAUUAGCAAGAGCCAUGCUGCUCAUGAUCAUUACCAUGUUUAUAUCAGAAUUAGAAGUACAAUUCGGACCCCCACCUUUUCCUGCUUAAUAAAUUACUUGAAUUCAUAAGAUUA